AUGUCGUCUAAUGGCCAUGGCAAACGAGAUACUAAUGGCAGCAAACAUAGCGUAAAUGGCAAAAAGAAUGCCCAUAACAAAAAUGGUGGUGGUGCAAACAACAAUAAAAGCAAGCAUGUCAAGAGACAGAGCGAGAACGCUCAUAUCGCUGCUUUGGAAACCCAGAUCAAGGAAUGGGAUCCUGCCGAGCAUCCCAAUUUGACAAAGUUCGAACAACUUCCUCUUUCACGAGCCACUCUUCAGGGACUUCGUUCAAGCCAUUUUGUCGACAUGACUGACAUUCAAAGACAGUCACUUAUGGCGUCGUUAAAGGGUGAAGAUAUUCUGGGUGCUGCUAGAACUGGUUCCGGAAAGACACUGGCUUUCCUGAUCCCAGUUCUAGAGCGUUUGUAUCGUCAGAAAUGGAAUCAGCAAGAUGGACUAGGUGCUUUAAUUAUCUCGCCUACUCGUGAGUUAGCGAUUCAGAUUUUCCAGGUUCUCCGUAAAAUUGGUCGCGCUCAUUCAUUGUCUGCUGGUUUGGUUAUUGGCGGUAAAGACGUUCAAGUGGAAUCUGAACGUCUAGCAAGACUUAAUAUUCUCAUUGGUACUCCAGGUAGAUUGCUGCAACACUUGGAUCAGACUGCUGGAUUUGAUGUCUCUAAUUUACAAAUGCUUGUUCUUGACGAAGCUGAUCGAAUCCUGGAUAUGGGUUUUAAGAAGAGUCUCGACGCAAUCAUUGACAAUCUACCAACUACCCGUCAGACGCUACUAUUUUCUGCUACUCAGACCAAGACUGUUUCUGACCUAGCCAGAUUAAGUCUCAGUGACCCCAGAUAUAUCUCUGUUCACGAAGAGGACCAGACUGCUACUCCUAAGGGACUGGAACAAUUUUACAUUGUAUCACCACUCGAUGAGAAACUCGACAACAUGUAUGCAUUUAUCAAGAGCCACAUCAAAACCAAGAUGCUGAUAUUCUUUUCUUCUUCCAAGCAGGUCCGUUUUGCCUACGAAUCGUUUAGAAAACUGCAACCAGGUAUUCCUCUUCUCCAUCUCCAUGGUAAGCAAAAGCAACAGGCCAGAAUUGAUGUCACUCAGAAAUUCUCGUCCGCUCAAUACUCGUGUCUCUUUGCAACAGAUAUUGUUGCUCGUGGUAUUGAUUUCCCCGCUGUUGACUGGGUUAUCCAGGUUGACGCCCCUGAAGAUGCCGCCACAUAUAUUCACCGAGUUGGCCGCUCAGCUCGUUUCGAUAAGAAGGGCCGGGCUUUGCUAUUUGUAACUCCAUCGGAAGAAAAGGGUAUGAUUAGUGCAUUAGAAUCACGUAAAGUGCCAAUUAGCAAACUCACUAUCCGAGAAGCAAAGAAGAAGUCCAUUAGACAAGAUCUUCAAGCACUCUGCUUCCAGGAUCCAGAACUCAAAUACCUUGGACAGAAGGCUUUUAUUUCAUAUGUGAGAUCUGUCUACAUUCAAAAGAACAAGGAUAUUUUCAACUUCGAGUCUCUGCCAUUAGAGAAGUUCGCCGAGAGCUUGGGUCUACCCGGAGCACCCAAUAUUAAAAUCAAGGGUGGUGAACGUUCGAAAGAGGCAAAGAAUGCUCCUCGCCAGUUGCUUAAACUUACUAAAGAACCUGGCUCUGAUGACGAACAAGAAGGAGAAGACAAGAAAAAGGAACCUGAAAAAGUUCGUACAAAGUACGACCGUAUGUUUGAAAGAAAAAAUCAAAAUGUGCUCUCUGAGCACUAUCUUAAUCUGACCAAGACUGCCGGUGACGAGGAUGAUGGCGAUGAUUUCAUUGCUGUCAAGCGGCAAGAUCAUAUUAUUGACGAUGAAGAGAUCCCUAAUUUGCUUGAAAUCCCCACAUCUAAACGUGCUCAAAAGCGUGCUCUAUCAAAGAAGCUUUCAACUAAAAGCAAAGGUAAUGCAACCAAGCUGGUGUUUGACGAUGAAGGUAACGCACACGCUAUCUAUGAGCUUGAAGACGAAGAAGACUUCAAAAAGGCUGGUGAUGCUGCUGUUCAGAAAGCUGAAUUUGUUGCUCGAGAAUCUGCUGCCAUGCAAGAAAAAGAUAUCGAAGAUAAACAAGUCGCCAGAGACAAGAGAGUCGAGAAAAAACGACGUAGACAAGAAAUCGAACGUCGUGCUCUUGAGGCCGAGCAGGACGAAAGUGAUGAUGGUGAGGGUGGUUAUCAAGUUACACUCGGUGGCGCGGAUGAUGAGUCAGAUUACGAUCACAACCAAGAACCCGAUAUUGACCGUGACUACGAAUCCUCGGACAAUGACGAGCCUGCCGCAAAGAAACCAAAAUGGUUCCAAAAGGACAAGGAUUCAGCUCCUGUCCGCAAUGGCGUUCUCGAAGUCGAAGAACCCGAUACUCUCGAGGAUCUCGAAGCGCUGUCUGCCCGUCUUAUCCGUGGUCGCUAA